CUGUCGACCACCAAGAAUACCCGCGCUGUAGAGAUGAGCGUAUUAGAUUACGCAGGUUAGUGCGUUUUAUACGAUUAGAUAUCUCGUUCAACUCAUCACAGAUCGGAUAAUAUACUCAGAUAGAUAUUCAGAUGAUUUCUUUGAAUAUAGACACGUAAUUUUACCAAAACAAGUUUUACGUUUGCUCCCUAGGAGUUACUUUGAAGCUGACGAUAGCGGAGUAUUACGUAUACUCUCAGAGAACGAAUGGCGAGGUAUGGGCAUCACACAAUCACUCGGCUGGGAAAUGUAUGCCACUCAUGGCACCUGAACCGCAUAUUUUAUUAUUUAGGAGAGAAAAGGAUUAUCAAGAAAAGUAUGGUGUCCAUGGGAAACCUCAAGACACGAAAUCAAAAUUAAGAAAGUGAGACAGUAUUGUAAAGAGAUCAAUCAAAUUAGCAUUAAUUUAAAUUUUUCUACAUUCCCAUUUAGGUAGGCACUUAUAUUAGUAGCAUCAUCGCUGGAUUAGGUUGAUUAAAUGACACUACCAGCUUUAGAAUUAAAGCAGAUAAAUUUAAAAUUAAAAUGCCUUAAUGAUAGUAAAUUAAGCUCUAGUCCAAACUCUGCAGUUCUCACUCCAGCCGGUUUUAUUCUGAUAGCUUCAGUCGAUUCAGUAUACUGUCUACCUUUGAUGGAAAUUGAUAAACAACCUAGGAUUUUAUUGAAAAAGUUAAAGGAUUGUCAUUCUAUUAGAAUUCUACCUUUAACAAGCGUGAUUUUACUCUCAGUUGAGAAAUCAGCAAGAUACUAUGAUUUGCGUCAAGUUGAUCAAACUUGUUUAAAAAUAUGGGAUAUUUCAACAAAACAUUUAAACGUUUUACCGGAUCUACGCACGCCCGCGCCGCCAGCUCUUGAACUAAAUUACGAAUUGGCACCGCCUACCCCAACCACACCACCUUUUACAACUUCCCC